CUGAUUAUCACCUGUUCUGUCUCACACAACAGACAUAAAUAAGGUAGAUGUACUGAGGACUGUCUCACAAACCUGCAGAGAGUUCUAUCGUAAGGACCGACUCAAGACAUUCAUACAAGAUGAAGAAGUUCAUCAUUUUCUUCGCCCUGGUGGCCUGUGCCCGUGCUGACUUCUGGAGUGACCUGUGGGACGGCGUGCAGACCACUCUGCUCGAUCCCAUCAUCGACACAGCCCAGCAAACCGCACAAACCCUCAUCGACACCUACGUGCCCGUGAUCGGCCAGGCCGCCCAGCAGUUAAUAGGAGAAGCGGUACAAAGUGCCGGCGACUCGCUGACCGACCUGGUCAGCGGGAAGCGCAGCCUGACCGACAGCAUCGUGGGUCUGCUGCAGGAGGGCAUCCAGUGGCUGGAGCAGGUGGUCAUCGGCGCCGUACAGGAGGUCAGCCAGAGCCUGCAGAACACCGUGGCCAACAUGUUCAGCGGCUCCAAGAAGAUGCUGGUCGGCAUGGCCUCCAUCAACAAGAAGAGCAAGGUCAUGAUGAAGAAGCGCGCUCAGAUGAUGAAGGUGCAGCUGUCCAAGUCUCUCAGCAAGAUGGCUAAGGCCCGUGGGUUCUUUGACGACCUCACCGCCGCCGCCGGUCAGCUGUUCGCGCCCGUUGUGGACGCCGCCACGCAGUCCUUCAACCAGCUUGUUGACGCCGCCACCGCUGUGGGAGCGCAGCUCGUGGACCACGCCACCAACUUCGUCGACAACGCCAGCACCACUUUCCAGGAGACCGUGGACCAGCUCACUGGAGUUGCCCAGCCCUACAUCGAUGACGCCAACACCAUCAUCGACUCCGUUACCAACACGUUCCAGGAGAACUUCGGUGCCGACACCACGGCCUAAGUCUUAGCCUACGUAACACAUACUGGGGGCACCAUGACUGAGAACGCUUGGCCCUCUGGGUCUUAACAUCGUUUUGUCUAGUACGCACAAUAAAAUAUUUGUCAGAAUAUCAAA